AUGGUGACUGGAAAUCACACCGCAACACCUGGCUUCAUCCUCUUGGGAUAUUCCAACCUCACGAACCUGCAGGGUUUGCUCUUUGUGGUCUUCUUGGUCAUCUACAUGGUGAUCCUGCUUGGGAAUGGUGUCAUUGUCUUGGUCACGGUGUUGGACUCUGCCCUGCACACCACCAUGUAUUUCUUCCUCAGGAACUUGUCCUUUGUGGAGAUCUGCUACACCUCAGUCACCCUGCCCAAGAUGGUGGCCAGUUGCCUGGCAGAGGAUGGAAGUAUCUCAUUCAUCGGCUGUGCUGCCCAGAUGUAUUUCUUACUUUUACUAGGUGGCACAGAGUGUUUCCUUCUGGCGGCCAUGGCCUAUGACCGUUACAUGGCCAUAUGUAACCCCCUGCAUUACACACUUAUUGUCAACAGGGAGGUUUGUGCUAGGAUGGUAGCCGGGUCCUGGCUUGUCAACAUCCCGGUUCAUUUUGGGCAGACAUAUUUGGUGUUUUCUUUGCCCUUCUGUGGGUCUCGUGAAAUUAACCAUUUCUUCUGUGACAUCCCCCCUCUGCUGGAGCUGUCCUGCGUGGACACCUAUAGGAAUAAAAUUGCUUUGUUUAUGGCAGUUCUGCUAUUCAUAAUCACCCCUUUUAUCUUAAUUGUUAUCUCUUAUAUUAAAAUUGCCAGCACAGUUUUGAAGAUGCCUUCAUCUGAGGGCAGACACAAGACCUUCUCCACCUGCUCCUCACACCUCACUGUGGUGACUCUAUUCUAUUGCUCUGGUAUGAUAGCGUAUUUGAGACCCAAGUCAAGGAACUCAGAGGACACUGAAAAACUGCUCUCUCUGUUUUAUACCAUUGUGACUCCGCUGUUCAACCCCUUCAUAUAUAGUCUGAGGAACAAGGAAGUGAAAGCCUCCCUAAGGAAAUUAGUAGGUAAAAAAUGAUUCCACAAAAUACACCACAUAUUCCUCAAAUAAUGUUGUAGAUUCCUCUAAAGACAAUGCAGAACCCACAAGAUAAAUUUCUGGUUCCUCAAGAGUAGUUCU